AUGAAUCAGCUGAGGCUGCUGCCAUUCAGGUUGGGACCACAGGCCAUAAGGUUCCUGGCCACACGGGAUAUCCCAGUGUUGGAUGGGCACAGGAUGUCCUCUGGGCCACCCACCACCAUCCCAAGCAGCAGAAAUGGAGUCAGCUCCAGUUACGUGGAGGAGAUGUACUUUGCCUGGUUGGAAAACCCACAGAGUGUUCACAAGUCCUGGGACAGCUUCUUCCGGAAAGCAAGUAAGGAGGCCUCUAUGGGUCCUGCUCAUCCACAGCCCCCAGCUGUCAUCCAAGAGAUCAGGCCAACAGUCUCAAGUUGCACCAAGACUAGCAAGCUGGUGGAGGACCACCUGGCAGUACAGUCCCUCAUUCGUGCCUACCAGAUCCGAGGCCACCAUGUGGCCCAGCUGGAUCCUCUGGGCAUCCUGGAUGCAGACCUAGACUCCUUUGUACCCUCAGACUUGAUCACAACCAUUGAUAAAUUGGCCUUCUAUGACCUGCAGGAGGCUGAUCUGGAUAAAGAGUUCCAGCUGCCUACCACGACAUUCAUUGGGGGCUCCGAGAACACGCUCUCUCUGCGAGAGAUCAUUCGUCGCCUGGAGAGCACCUAUUGCCAGCACAUUGGCCUGGAGUUCAUGUUUAUUAAUGAUGUGGAGCAAUGCCAAUGGAUCCGACAGAAAUUUGAGACUCCUGGUGUGAUGCAGUUUUCCAUCGAGGAGAAGAGGACUCUGCUGGCCAGACUGGUGCGCUCCAUGAGGUUUGAAGACUUCCUGGCCAGGAAGUGGUCUUCAGAGAAGCGGUUUGGCCUAGAAGGCUGUGAGGUCAUGAUUCCUGCUCUUAAGACCAUCAUUGACAAAUCUAGCGAGAUGGGGAUUGAAAACGUCAUUCUGGGGAUGCCACACAGGGGCAGGUUGAAUGUGUUGGCCAAUGUGAUCCGCAAGGACCUGGAGCAGAUAUUCUGUCAGUUUGAUCCCAAGUUGGAAGCAGCAGAUGAGGGCUCUGGUGAUGUCAAAUACCAUCUGGGCAUGUACCAUGAGAGGAUCAACCGUGUUACCAACAGGAACAUCACUCUGUCGCUGGUAGCCAACCCUUCCCAUCUGGAAGCUGUGGACCCUGUGGUACAGGGGAAGACUAAGGCAGAACAGUUCUACCGUGGGGAUGUCCAGGGUCGGAAGGUAAUGUCCAUCUUGGUCCAUGGGGAUGCCGCCUUCGCUGGCCAGGGUGUCGUCUAUGAGACCUUCCAUCUGAGUGACCUGCCUUCCUACACCACCAACGGCACAGUGCAUGUUGUAGUCAACAACCAGAUUGGCUUUACCACAGACCCCCGAAUGGCUCGCUCCUCACCUUACCCUACUGACGUGGCACGGGUGGUCAAUGCACCCAUCUUCCAUGUGAAUGCAGAUGACCCAGAGGCCGUGAUCUAUGUAUGCAGUGUGGCAGCUGAAUGGAGGAAUACCUUCAACAAAGAUGUUGUUGUGGACUUGGUCUGUUACCGCCGGCGUGGCCACAAUGAGAUGGAUGAACCCAUGUUCACACAGCCGCUCAUGUACAAGCAGAUCCACAAACAGGUACCCGUGCUGAAGAAGUAUGCAGACAAGCUCAUUGCGGAGGGCACGGUCACUCUACAGGAGUUUGAGGAAGAAAUUGCCAAAUAUGACCGGAUCUGUGAGGAGGCAUAUGGCAGGUCCAAGGAUAAAAAGAUCCUGCACAUAAAGCACUGGCUGGACUCCCCCUGGCCUGGCUUCUUCAAUGUGGAUGGAGAGCCCAAGAGCAUGACAUGUCCUACCACGGGCAUCCCUGAGGACAUGCUGACCCAUAUUGGCAAUGUGGCCAGCUCUGUGCCCCUGGAGGACUUUAAGAUCCACACAGGCCUCUCUCGCAUCCUGCGUGGCCGUGCAGACAUGACCAAGAAGCGCACAGUGGACUGGGCAUUGGCAGAGUACAUGGCCUUCGGUUCACUGCUAAAGGAGGGCAUCCAUGUGCGGCUCAGUGGCCAAGAUGUAGAGAGGGGCACGUUCAGCCACCGGCACCAUGUUCUUCAUGACCAGGAAGUUGACCGGAGGACGUGUGUCCCUAUGAAUCACCUGUGGCCUGACCAGGCCCCCUAUACUGUGUGCAACAGCUCCCUCUCGGAGUAUGGAGUUCUAGGCUUUGAGCUGGGCUAUGCCAUGGCCAGCCCCAAUGCCCUGGUCCUCUGGGAAGCUCAGUUUGGUGAUUUCCACAACACAGCCCAGUGUAUCAUCGACCAGUUCAUCAGUACUGGCCAGGCCAAGUGGGUUCGACACAAUGGCAUCGUGCUCCUGCUGCCUCAUGGCAUGGAGGGCAUGGGCCCAGAGCACUCUUCAGCAAGGCCAGAGAGGUUCCUGCAGAUGAGCAAUGAUGACUCGGAUGCCUACCCAGUGUUCACCGAGGACUUUGAGGUGAGCCAACUCUAUGACUGCAAUUGGAUUGUGGUGAACUGCUCUACACCAGCUAGCUACUUCCAUGUACUGCGCCGACAGAUCCUGCUGCCCUUCCGCAAGCCACUCAUUGUCUUCACACCCAAGUCUCUGCUGAGGCACCCUGAUGCCAAGUCCAGCUUUGACCAGAUGGUGUCCGGAACUAGCUUCCAGCGGAUGAUUCCAGAGGAUGGCCCCGCGGCACGGUCUCCUGGGCAGGUACGGCGGCUUAUCUUCUGCACUGGGAAGGUGUACUAUGACCUGGUAAAGGAGCGCAGCAGCCAGGGCUUGGAGGAGCAGGUGGCCAUCACACGCCUGGAGCAGAUCUCGCCAUUCCCUUUUGACCUGAUCAUGCGGGAGGCAGAGAAGUACUCGGGUGCCGAGCUGGUGUGGUGUCAGGAAGAACAUAAGAAUAUGGGCUACUACGACUACAUCAGUCCACGCUUCAUGACUCUCCUUGGCCGCUCCCGGCCCAUAUGGUAUGUUGGCCGGGACCCAGCAGCUGCACCAGCCACUGGAAACAAGAAUGCCCACUUGGUGUCGCUGAGAAAGUUUCUGGAUACUGCCUUCAACCUGAAGGCCUUUGAGGGCAAGACAUUUUAG